AUGAGCGACUCAUUCGUGAAAGACUCUACCCACUUCAUCGAGAGAUUGGAGACAUUGAAUCUACAACCCGGCGACAUGCUCGUGAGUUUUGACGUAGUGUACCUCUUCACUAUGGUUCCGGUCAAGGAGGCCCUUGAAUACAUACGGCAGAUCUUCCCUGAAGACAUCACUGCUCUCUUCCGCCUCGUGCUCACGACUACAUAUUUGCAGUGGAAUAACACCUUUUACGAACAGGCAGACCGGUUCACUAUGGAGAAAGAAAACAAUGGGAAACUGGCCUAUCUAGACGAACUUGUCAACAGAAAAUCCGAUGGAUCCCUGGGCCACACUGUGUAUUGCAAGGUUACACACACCGAUCGUUACUUCAAUAAAAACCUCAAUCAUUACCCAGCGCAGAAGCAAGCCAUAUUGAAAACCCUUAUUCAUCGAGCUAAUCAUAUUUGGGAAGCUUCUCUUUUAGAUCAAAAACUCCGCCAUCUAGGUCAAGCCCUUAAAUACAAUGGCUAUAAGUCACAGGAGAUCAAACGUGCCCUUCAUUCCAGGAAAACUGCACCGGAGACACCUCAACCACCACCCGUAGGUUUCGCCUCCCUACCAUAUAUUAAAACGGUCACGGAUCGCAUCGGGUUAUUGAAGCGUCAUAACAUCAGAACCUUCUUCAAAACCCACACAACAGCUGCGAACCUUAAUAAAAUCAGCUAA